AUGGAAUUGGAAACAAAAGACUAUGUUAACAAAACUAUUACCAAAGAGGAAAAUGGAACAUUUACAACAUCAAGCUCAAUAUUCCCAGAAUGGGAGGAUUAUAACAGCAGUGUGGAUGAUAUUCGUUACUUUCUUAUUGGCCUGUACACAUUUGUGAGUCUCCUUGGAUUUAUGGGAAAUCUACUAAUUCUUUUGGCCAUUUUCCGAAAACGCAAACAAAAGACUAUAAUAAACUACCUCAUUGGAAACCUAGCCUUUUCAGAUAUUUUGGUUGUGCUCUUCUGCUCACCUUUUACGUUAACCUGUGUUUUACUAGAUCAAUGGAUUUUUGGAGAAAUUAUGUGUCAUGUUGUGCCUUUUCUACAAUGUGUUUCUGUACUAAUUUCAACUUUAAUGCUGAUGUCCAUUGCCUUGGUCAGAUACCACAUGAUAAAACACCCCCUUUCAACCAAUUUAACAGCAAACCAUGGAUACUUUUUAAUUGCAACUGUCUGGACACUUGGGUUUACUAUAUGUUCUCCUUUGCCUGUAUUCCACAAAGUUAUAAAUUUGAGAGAAGCAUUUCAUUUAGACUCAUUGAUCAAUAGCUACUUGUGCAUAGAGUCCUGGCCAUCUGAUUCGUAUAGAAUCGCUUUCACAAUUUCAUUAUUGCUUGUUCAGUAUAUAUUGCCAUUGUCUUGUCUAACCAUAAGCCACACAAGUGUAUGCAGGAGUAUUAGUUCAAGGAUGCCAAACCAAGAAGCUAAAAUUGAAGAAAAUGAAAUGAUUAAUCUAACUCUCCAUCCGCUACGAAAUAAUCAAUUGGAUAUUGAAAGUAAAACCACUCGCCGUUGGAGUUACUCUUGUGUACGAAAACAUAGAAGAAGGUAUAGCAAAAAAUCUGCUAGUGUUGUUCCGGGAACAUUAAGACGCCAGCAAGACAGUAAUACUGGAGACGUACCAGAAACAUCUACCACAGAGAGGAGCACAAUUCCUUCUAGUGCCUACUUACCUGGGGUACCCAUAUGUUUUGAAAUGAAGCCAGAUGAAAACUCUGAGAUGCACAAUAUGAUUUCUGUUUCUAAAUCCAUUACUCGCUUAAAGAAGAGGUCUAGACUUGUUUUCUGCAGGCUAACUGUAUUGAUUUUGGCUUUUGCUGUCAGUUGGAUGCCACUUCACCUUUUUCAUCUUGUAACUGAUUUUAAUGCUAAUCUUAUUUCCAAUCGACAUUUUAAAUUGGUCUACUGUAUCUGUCACUUGCUUGGUAUGGUCUCCUGUUGUCUAAAUCCCAUACUGUAUGGAUUUUUAAAUGAUGGUAUCAAGGCUGAUUUGAUAUCUCUCAUACAGUGUUUCCAAGUAUCUUAA